ACAGCGCAGCGCCGAGCGGGUUUGUAAGGCGAAAUGGCGGCGCGUCUGAGCGGAGCCCGGCCCUGACCGGGCGUUUACAUGGAAGAGAAGGGGGAGGGAAGGCUAAACCACCUCCACAGCAAGGGUUUUAAUCUGAUAAGAAAAAUGGAACAACAUGCAGACAAGAUGAAAACUCCGGCUUUUUUAGCUGAUUUGGGCAAACCUACUUUACGGGGAAUUAAGAAGUGCCCAAAGUGCGGCACAUUCAAUGGUACUCGUGGUUUGAGCUGCAAGAACAAAAGUUGUGGUGCUGUCUUCAGAGAUGGAGCUCGAAAGCAACAACCCAGCGUCGAUGCUGUCCGCAUUGUCACCGGAUCUUCUUCGCAGGUGUACUCAGUGAGACUUCGAGAUCGAGGACCUGACUACAGAGGCUUUGUGGAACUGGGCACAACUGAGGCCAUUCAGACAGUGGAGGGAACCAUUAUUACCCAUAUAACAGGCCGAUGCUUGGUCCCCACGUGUUUCAAAGUAUCUUCUCAAGGAGGUGCUGAGAACCAAUGUCAGCAUAUUAAGCUUGCCGUCGAAUGUCAUAUGGAAGCCACACCACAUACGCUUAAGAGCUCUGUGUUGAACUCUCUUCAAGUGACCACUGAAAUAAAGCAGGCUAUCUGGAACUUGGCGACUGAAUCGAGUGGGCCCCUGGUGCAGCGGAUCACUAAAACUAUCAUGGUGGUGAAGUGCAAAGCUAGCCAGAAGCACAGUUUAGGAUUUCUGCACGUUUCCUUCCAUGAGAAAACUAGGACUAAAGGUGUUAUGGAGCACAAGUUCUAUUGUUCUUGCCAGGCCUUCAAAGCCAGCAAAUCCAGCAGCAACAAAAAGGAGACAUCAAAACAUUGCAUCCACUUCUAUGCAUGCAUUUGUGCUUUUGCUAGCGAUGAGAAGUUAGGGCAAGAGUUCUCAUAUUUCAUCAAUUUUGAUUCUACUGGGCUUCAACCGAAUUCUGAGAGGCGACUGCUGGCAAUUUACCCCCAGGACUUCACAGCUCAGGCUGCAGCCAAUGCCAUUUCAAAAACAAAAAAGAGGAAAAAGGAUGAUUUAACAGCUGUGAGCCAACCCAUAGAUGAAUCACAAGUGAACUUGUCAUUUCAAGAUUGGCUUGCUGGUGUCACUGAACGGAUCAAUCAAACUAUGCAUUACCAAUUCGAUGGCAAACCUGAGCCGUUGGUGUUCCACGUCCCUCAGGCUUUCUUCGAUGCUCUGCAGCAGAGAAUUUCCAUGGGAAGUAAAAAGAAACGCCUUCCUAACUCCACCACAGGUUUUGUUCGUAAGGAUGCAUUACCUCUGGGAACGUUCUCCAAGUACACCUGGCAGAUCACAAAUGUUCUUCAUAUCAAACAGAUAUUUGAUACCCCCGAGAUGCCAUUGGAGAUAACCCGCAGUUUUGUUGAAAACCGUGAUGGCACUUAUGAGUUGUUCAAGUGCCCAAAGGUUCAGGUUGAAAGUAUUGCUGAGGCUUACAGUCGGAUGGAAAAGCAGCCAACUAUUCGACCACUGGAACUUAAGACCUUCCUGAGAGUAGGGAAUAUGUCUCCCGACCAGAAAGCACCUACUCCUUUUAUAAUUGAAUGGAUCCCAGAUAUUUUGCCUAAAUCAAAGAUUGGAGAAAUGAGGAUUAAGUUUGAGUAUGGUCACCACCGGAAUGGACACAUUGAAUAUAGAGAACAGCAAUCCUCUCUGGAACAGACUAUGGAACUCAGUCCCUCCCUAGCCACCAUCAAUGUACAUUGAUAUCCCGACUUCAUGCAGUCUCCACCUCUACCUCCUGUGCAGGUAGAGAGAAAAACAAAGGUUCGGUGGCAGCGUUCAAAGGGAACGCAAAGGAGACCCUGGAAGGUCUGUUUUAAAGGUGAAUGAGAGUGGUUGAAACUCCACAGAUUUGGAACCCUUGGACAGAAGACUUGUGGACUAAGUUUCAAACUUCUUGACGUGUUAAACCCUGUGCAAUUCCAGCUCAAAGCAGUGUUCAAUUUUGACUAUGAAAACGCAUCACAGUAUUUAAAAGACUAAUCAUAUAAACAUUUGAAUUUGCAUUUUCCCAAUUGCCUGGGAGGCUGUCAACAACUUGCACAGAUUGAGGAGAACUUGCAUGGAUCAUUGUAAAUUGGGAACAUGCCUUAUUUAUUUGGCUUCCGUUUUCUCAGCUCAAGAUUGACUGGUGGUGGCUUACAUGCUUGUGAUAAAGAUCCAAAGAAAAAUAUACCUCGCAUCACAUUUGCUGCAUAGUUUGCAAGGACACAGAUCGAAUUGCAGGAGCCCUUAUCUGAGCAGAGACCAUCACUUCUGGACACACUGGCAGCCAUUUGGCACUCUGAAGUUGGAGUUUGCCAUGAAUCAUUGUUGGCAGGGAAGGACAGAUUCUGAAAUGUAAAAUAAAAGCUGAAAAUACUAAUAAAAUCUCAGUAGGUUAGGCAGCA